AGUGCUUUUUGUGAAUUCGAACGUAGGCAAAUUGUUGGUGCUCAUAUGGCGAGUGCUUCAGUAACAAGGGAGCCAAAGUGUUUAGUGUUUAAAGAGACAUCGUAUUGAAGAUUUAUCUGAAAAACAUCAUCCGAUAAGUCACAACGCAGACAAAAGUGUGUGUUGAGCGAUGGUGGCAGAUGUGCACUGAAGAGUGUUGUGACGAAAAAUAAGGAGAUAACAGCUGCAAAAGUGACUGCAGAACUGAAUGUCGCACUCGCGAACCCUGUCAGCACCAAAACAACACGACGGGGGUUCCAGGCGCAGGUAUUCACCAUUUUUAUUAACAAAAAUAACUAGGAAUAUGAUGCACAAGAGCUUACAAACAAUGCAAGUCUUCAUUAUCACAUUGUCAGCAGUGGCAAGUAUUCUUGCUGAAGACAAUGAGAUUCACCCAGUGAAUUCUAGUCCAACUCAAGAAAUUACACAGACACCAUUUCACAACCAUGAAACAUCUGGACAUGAUCUUGUUCCAAUGAGAGCAGAUGACGUGUUGCUGCAGGACAGAUGGCCAAAUAUGAAGAAACCAGUUCCUUAUACAAAUAGUGCUGGAAUGUCAAAUGCCAUUGAUGCAGAGCCUCAGGCAUCAGCUAGUAUAUCCUAUCAAAUUCCACACACUGGAUUUCCUGUGCCGGGCUUGCCACAGGGCGUAGAUUACUAUGGAACACCUUAUCAACCACUAAAUAAUUUCUUACCUCUGAAGGAGCAUCCUACAGGUCACAGGCUAGAAGAGGGUCACGAAAAGCAUAUCACAGCUAAGGAUGUCGCAAUGGCAUUUCUGGCUUAUAUGGCUGUUUUAAGCAUUUUACAGGGUGGUAUAUUUACACUGAUUAAGGAUCCCCCAACUCUGGGAAUUGUUACUUCUGCUCGAAAUAAAAGAGAAACAAUGGUGCCUGUGCCAGUUAUUCCUGAUUCAUCUACUCCACCACAGGAGCAGUCAUGGAUACUUGGAGAAGAGAAGCAGAUAAGAUGUAUACAAAGGAGUCUGUGUGCAGUUAACAGACAGUUAAAGAUGGAGCUUGGCAUCACUGGAAGGAUAUUAGGCCAGUAUAUAAGUUCAUGGACAGCAAAAUCUGUAGAUUCCAGUUGGAUGCGGCUAAUUGCUGAUGCUGGUUUGGCUGGAAUGAGGGGAGUUGAUUGUGAUGUGCUCUACAGAGGAUGCAACAAUAACAAAGGAAAUCAAACUUAAUUUAUGUUCCAGUUAUGAAUAAUAAUUUUUUAGAUACAGUGUGAUAUACUGCAACCAUAUUAUAAACAUUAUUAUUCUUGUUAACAAA